AUGUACGGCGUCUACACUAGCAGUUAUUGCCUGGCGACUAGCACGAAUGCGACCACUCCUCUGCAGUUGAUGCUUUGGAGUGAAUCGCGGCAUGAAUUCAACCAACUGGCCUGGUACUGGGAAAGUAAAGCUCCAUUUGGCUAUUUUCGGCGGAGGCUCCGCCAGUCUGGAAUCUUUGUUACCGAAGCCGGUGGGCGACCGGGGAAACGCUCCACCACGUGCAGUGCGGUUACUUUGUAA